AUGUUCUGCUACAAAGCUAAGUUACUUUCAUCCUAAAAGUAUAAUAUUUUUAUGUUGAAAGACGAGAUUCAAUUAUAGCAUGUAAUAAGAGAUAUAUCAAAUAGGAAAAUAAAAUUGAAAUAAUAAAACUUAAUUCCUUUGAACCUAGGUUUAAAUGGGCUAAAUGUGACACCUCAGAAAUAGGAUAAUUUGAAUUAUUGAAUAAUUAGCAGAGCAGAAUCUACAAGAUAGAACCUUCCAUGGGAAUGUUAUUGAAGGAAUUUUUAAAUGGAAAAGUUUGCUUUUAAGGAAUUGAUAAUCAAUACAGGAUAGCAAAAAUCAUUUCAAAAGGAAAUUCUGGUUCUGUAUACUAUAGUUCUAUUUUGUAGAUUGUAAAUAUGAGAAAUCUAUACAAUGGUGAACUAGUUACAUGUAAAAUUUAUAAACAAGGAAACUCAGAAUUUAUCUAUGUAAUAAAUCCAAUGUUAAGUAGAAAUUUCAAAAUGAGGUCUAAGCUCUCUAAUUUUUAAAACAUAAAAAUUUACCAAAAAUUAGAGAAUAUUACAUUGAAGCCAAUCACAAUUAUAUUAUUUAUGACCUCUUAGAGGGAAUACCACUCAAUAUUUGCAUAAAGAAUGCCAUUUUAGAUGAUUAAUAAAUUAUUCAAAUUAUGAAG